CCACCGCUCCAUCCCCGCCACCAUGAUCGGGCAGCAGACGCUGCACUCCUUCUUCAGCGCCGCGCCGGAGAGGAAGCGCAGCCGCUCCGAGGAGCCGGGCGGUGACGCUGAGGUCAGCGCCGCGAAGAAGGCGAAGGCGGCGGGAGAUGGGUCGGGGCAGGCCUAUCUGCUGAGCCCGGAGCAGCUGGAGCGGAUCCGCAAGAACAAGGAGGCGGCGCGGCAGCGGCUGGCGGAGCGGAACGUGCCGCCGGGCUUCGGGGAGAGCUGGCGCCGGCAGCUGGCGGCGGAGUUCUCCAAGCCCUACUUCGUGGAGCUGAUGAAUUUCGUGGCGGAGGAGAGGAAGCGUUACACGGUGUAUCCGCCCCCCGAGCAAGUCUUCACCUGGACGCAGAUGUGCGACAUUAGGGAUGUGAAGGUUGUCAUUCUGGGACAGGAUCCAUACCAUGGCCCUAAUCAAGCUCAUGGGCUCUGUUUCAGUGUGCAGAAGCCUGUUCCACCUCCCCCCAGCUUAGAAAACAUUUACAAGGAGUUAUCUACAGAUAUUGAGGACUUCACUCAUCCUGGUCACGGUGAUCUGACUGGCUGGGCCAAGCAAGGGGUGCUGCUGCUCAACGCUGUCCUCACGGUGCGGGCUCACCAGGCCACGUCCCACAAGGAGAGAGGCUGGGAGCAGUUCACGGAUGUCGUGGUGUCCUGGCUCAACAAGAACUUGCACGGGGUGGUCUUCAUGCUGUGGGGAGCCUAUGCCCAGAAGAAAGGCAUCUCCAUUGACAGGAAACGCCACCACGUCCUGCAGACGGUGCAUCCCUCGCCCCUCUCUGUCAACAGAGGCUUCUUCGGCUGUCGGCAUUUCUCCAAGACCAAUGAGCUGCUCAAGAAAGCCGGGAAGAAGCCCAUUGACUGGAGAGCACUGUGAGC